UCGCGUUGAUGGAUACAAAUAUUCCGUCUAGUUUCUUAUAAAAUAAACUAUGGAUCAUUCAUAUUUGCUAAGUUUACACGGAAUACUCCGAGCGUUGGCAUUUUGCUUACUUUAGCUCACCGCUUAUCAAAUACACAGCAAACACCGCACGAAACGAAAACGAAGACAACGAGUGAAAGUGGUACAUAGAGGAGAACGCGAUUGUGACACGAGAGAAGUUUCUUCUCGUAAAACGGGACUGUCCUUAGAAUGCCACGACGGAAAAAGGAAGAAAUUAUCAGUGAUGAUGAAGAAGACUUUUCAGGUGAAAACAACAGAAAAUUUCAUAAACCAAUUCAAAGGAAUGCAGCAAAUGCACGAGAACGCGCAAGAAUGCGAGUUUUAAGCAAAGCUUUUGUGAAACUAAAAACAACCCUACCUUGGGUACCAGCAGACACAAAAUUAUCCAAACUAGACACUCUCCGUUUGGCGUCUAGCUACAUAGCUCACUUAAGACAUGUGCUCACAAAUGAUGAGGAAGAAACACAACAGCCACCAUUCAUGCACCCCAUGAAUUUGACUUGGCCUUUUACAUUUAGCAACAAAGGAAGUGGGUCGGGCUCGGAAAGCAAAUCUCCAGAACCAAUGAAAUUGGACGUUGACCAUGAACAUUUAAUGUCGGCCAAUGGCGACGUAUGACGUCACAAUUUGUAAAAGACUGUAUACCCAGAAGAAAUCCAUAUAUGUUGUUUCUUGUGUUCCAUUAUAAUUGUUAAUUUCGUUUUGUCUUGGCAUAAACUAUUGCUUGUUCAAUAUUCCGGUGACUAUUUUGCAUUAUUUGAUAGUCGUAUUUUACAAUUAAAAAGGUGCCAUUUACCUUAACUUUUACUUAAGCGAUAUGAAUUUGGCAUAAUAAGAGGUUUUUUUUAAUAAUAAAAUCCGAAUAGUUUAAAACGAAAAUGGAAACGGAAAACUUUAUUUAAAACCUUUUCUGGGUUGUAAUCUUUCUAACCCUGUUCUGGAAAUAAAAGGAAAAACUAAUAUGAUUAAUGAUUAAUAAUAAUUAUUUCUCUUUAUAAUCAUUUACUGAACGUUAUUCUAGGCAAUUGUUUUCCAAUAGUUUUAAGAAUGUGUACGCCUGUAUUAAAAAUCGGAUAUUUUUAUAGCAUUGGUGCUUUCUCCUCACAUUGUAAAAUUGUUUUUUUAGGGACAGCGCAUGUAAAUCUUUUUUUUCUGGUUUUAUUCUAUAUCUGUAGUUAAAAACAAAACUAUUUCAUUAAUUUAUUUGCGUGGAAAUCUGUCUGUUUAUAGAAUGUAUUUUACUUGUCAUGUAUUUUGUUACAUAGUCAUACUUCAAUAGACAGGAAAAUCCACAUUUUGUUAAUAAAGGCCCUCCUCAAAGCUUUUUAAUCGCAACUCUAUAACAUGCAUGGUUCUUACUUACAAUUACCUGGGAAAAACAAUAAGUAAUUGAAAUGAAAAAAUUAAUAUAAUAUGUUAUCAUGAUUUCACAAACACUCAUGAUUUUUGAAAUUGAACAAACCAAACCCCCUCUCGUUCUGGUGUAAUGAAAUGGUAACAAGUGUUAUAUGGAAUUGAAUGUUUAAUCUUGUUUAUCAAAACUCCUAGCAUUUUUCACAGCUUAAAGAGUACUACUUUAGGGACAUUUUACGCCUCAUAACGUCAUCUUAUUCACGCAAAACAUUGCUUUUGUGAAGCAGUUAACAAUGAAGGAACGGUUAUUUGAUGAUUUACUACUCCAUAUUUAAAAAUAAACUAACCAAAAUACGUCCAGCUUUAUCAGUUAAUUUUUUCGGUUUUUGGACUUAAGAUUUUUUUUCCAUAAUAACUUGUCAAACUCGUAAAGAAUCAAAUUUCACUCCAUAAUUGUUUACUAAGGAUUUUUCCAUUAAAGUCAUUUAAGUGAACGCAUAUGUAUUGAUUGGACAUAAACAAUUCAUUCAUUAUGUAUUAAUUUGAUAUAAACAAUUCAUUCAACAACCUACAGGUUUACCAAUGAAUAAGCUGACCUAAUAGCGGAUCAGUUGAUUGUAAUAAGUAUUCGUUCGUGUAUUUCAUUCAGAUUUUAAUAAUUUUACUCAAAAUAGUUUUUAUUUUUUCCUUUUUCGUAGGAAAAUGUGUAUGAUGUAUAUCUGUAUAAAUUGAUUCACUGUGCCUUUUCACAACAGACAUAUUUUGUACUAUUUUGUCAUGAACAUUUCCUUGUCGUCUUCUUAAUAAAUUAAGAAUGUGA